AUGCGCGGGCCCAAUUUGUUUGUUUGGACCAUCCUGACUUUUUAUUGCGCCUCAGCCUACUCAUCAUGCGGAACAACUAUUGAAUCACCUUGGGCGCCUCUCUUCAAGACUGAGCGCGAUACAGCUUAUUUUUGGUCCGGUCAAACUAAUGGCAUUCAUGCCGAAGACAUUGCGGCAAAUCUUGCUUGUGAAGCCCAUGGCACAACCCUGGAAAUGCGUCUUGAAGAAGUGGUUAUCCCCCUGCCUCCGUGGGACCCGGAUAAUCCGGAAAUAAAGUGCAAAUGGCUGCAACUCAGUGCCGCCUACGCUAAACAAGCAGUUAUAGCGGUGAUAGGAAAGAAGCAACGCAACGGAGGAGUGUGGGACACUAUAGAGUUGCCGUUUUUAGUGCAAAAUCCUGGAGUAACGAAAAUUAUCCGGCCACUCGCAGGCCAACGCGCACACUUGAUUUUUCAUCCUGCUCAAAACAUAAUUUAG